AUGUACGGCUAUACACUGAGGCAUCCUGUCAGGCCUUGCAAGGAAAACAUCACAAACAAGUAUGGACUAACGCCUUUAACUUUAGCCUGCAAGUUGGGAAGAAAUGAGAUCUUCAGAGAAAUGUUAGAACUUAGUGCCUUGGAGUUUUGGAGAUACAGUAACAUAACGUGUUCCGGUUAUCCAUUAAACGCCCUUGAUAGUAUUCUUCCUAGCGGAGAAACGAACUGGAACUCGGCUCUUAUUAUAAUUUUAAAUGGCAAAACGACUGAGCAUCUAGACAUGCUCGACGGUGGUGUCAUCCAGCGGUUGUUAGAAGAAAAAUGGAAAACGUUUGCUAGGAAAGAAUUUAUAAAGCGUCUUGGCAUUACUUUUCUACAUCUCAUCGUUCUGAGCAUAGCCGUGUUUCUUCGGCCUCCACCAGAAAAAGAGCUAAUUGGAGAACUCGACGCUCGCUCUAUUUGCCGAUAUGUUGCAGAAUUAGGAACCUGUUUUGCCGCUGUUAGUUUUGUUGUCUUCCAACAGGGAGAGGAGAUCAAAGCACAAGGUCUUUUAGGCUUCCUUUUUAGUUUGAGUAGUAACCCUGCUAAAGGCAUCUACCUUUUUGCCAAUAUUUUGGUUAUGUUGUGUGUGCCCUGUCGCCUAGCGGGCGAGAGACGAGUCGAAGACAUUCUACUAACUAUAGCCAUUCCUUGUUCGUGGGUUUUCCUCAUUUUCUUCGCCGGUGCAGUAAAGUUAACUGGACCUUUUGUUACUAUGAUCUACAACAUGCUAGUAGGAGAUAUCGUCCGCUUUUGUAUAAUUUAUGUCGUGUUUCUUCUUGCUUUCACUCAAGCAUUCUACUUCCUAUUUAAGGGACAUUCAGGAAAGACGAAAAAAUUUGAAACCUAUCCUCGCACAUGGAUGACAUUAUUUCAUAUGACUUUGGGGUUUUAUGAG